AUGAGGCCAUCCGAGUCGUACAGACGUUACAGUGAAAAAGGGAAUUUUACCCAUGAUAAAUCCCCAAAACCAAGGGACAGUGUCAACAGGCACCAAGGGACAGUGUCGACAGGGACCAAGGGACAGUGUCAACAGGGACCAAGGGACAGUGUCGACAGGCACCAAGGGACAGUGUCGACAGGGACCAAGGGACAGUGUCGACAGGCACCAAGGGACAGUGUCGACAGGGACCAAGGGACAGUGUCGACAGGGACCAAGGGACAGUGUCGACAGGCACCAAGGGACAGUGUCGACAGGCACCAAGGGACUGUGUCGACAGGGACCAAGGGACAGUGUCGACAGGGACCAAGGGACAGUGUCGACAGGGACCAAGGGACAGUGUCGACAGGGACCAAGGGACAGUGUCGACAGGGACCAAGGGACAGUGUCGACAGGCACCAAGGGACUGUGUCGACAGGCACCAAGGGACUGUGUCGACAGGGACCAAGGGACAGUGUCGACAGGGACCAAGGGACAGUGUCGACAGGCACCAAGGGACAGUGUCGACAGGGACCAAGGGACAGUGUCAACAGGGACCAAGGGACAGUGUCGGCAGGGACCAAGGGACAGUGUCGACAGGCACCAAGGGACAGUGUCGACAGGCACCAAGGGACAGUGUCGACAGGGACCAAGGGACAGUGUCGACAGGCACCAAGGGACUGUGUCGACAGGGACAGUGUCGACAGGGACCAAGGGACAGUGUCGACAGGGACCAAGGGACAGUGUCGACAGGCACCAAGGGACUGUGUCGACAGGCACCAAGGGACAGUGUCGACAGGGACCAAGGGACAGUGUCGACAGGGACCAAGGGACAGUGUCGACAGGCACCAAGGGACAGUGUCGACAGGGACCAAGGGACAGUGUCGACAGGCACCAAGGGACUGUGUCGACAGGGACCAAGUUACUGUGUCGACAGGGACCAGGGACUGUGUCGACAGGGACCAAGGGACAGUGUCGACAGGCACCAAGGGACUGUGUCGACAGGCACCAAGGGACUGUGUCGACAGGGACCAAGGGACAGUAUCGACAGGGACCAAGGGACAGUGUCGACAGGGACCAUGGGACAGUGUCGACAGGCACCAAGGGACUGUGUCGACAGGGACCAAGGGACUGUGUCGACAGGCACCAAGGGACUGUGUCGACAGGGACCAAGGGACAGUGUCGACAGGGACCAUGGGACAGCGUCGACAGGCACCAAGGGACUGUGUCGACAGGGACCAAGGGACAGUGUCGACAGGGACCAAGGGACAGUGUCGACAGGCACCAAGGGACUGUGUCGACAGGGACAGUGUCGACAGGGACCAAGGGACAGUGUCGACAGGGACCAAGGGACAGUGUCGACAGGCACCAAGGGACUGUGUCGACAGGCACCAAGGGACUGUGUCGACAGGGACCAAGGGACAGUGUCGACAGGGACCAAGGGACAGUGUCGACAGACACCAAGGGACUGUGUCGACAGGGACCAGGGACUGUGUCGACAGGGACCAAGGGACUGUGUCGACAGGGACCAGGGACUGUGUCGACAGGGACCAGGGACUGUGUCGACAGGGACCAAGGGACUGUGUCGACAGGGACCAAGGGAAUGUGUCGACAGGGACCAAGGGAAUGUGUCGACAGGGACCAAGGGACUGUGUCGACAGGCACCAAGGGACUGUGUCGACAGGCACCAAGGGACUGUGUCGACAGGCACCAAGGGACUGUGUCGACAGGCACCAAGGGACUGUGUCGACAGGCACCAAGGGACUGUGUCGACAGGGACCAAGGGACAGUGUCGACAGGCACCAAGGGACAGGGACCAAGGGACAGUGUCGACAGGCACCAAGGGACAGGGACCAAGGGACAGUGUCGACAGGCACCAAGGGACAGGGACCAAGGGACAGUGUCGACAGGCACCAAGGGACAGGGACCAAGGGACAGUGUCGACAGGCACCAAGGGACAGGGACCAAGGGACAGUGUCGACAGGCACCAAGGGACAGGGACCAAGGGACAGUGUCGACAGGCACCAAGGGACAGGGACCAAGGGACAGUGUCGACAGGCACCAAGGGACAGGGACCAAGGGACAGUGUCGACAGGCACCAAGGGACAGGGACCAAGGGACAGUGUCGACAGGGACCAAGGGACAGUGUCGACAGGCACCAAGGGACAGGGACCAAGGGACAGUGUCGACAGGCACCAAGGGACAGUGUCGACAGGCACCAAGGGACAGUGUCGACAGGCACCAAGGGACAGGCACCAAGGGACAGUGUCGACAGGCACCAAGGGGUACAACUUCCCAAAUUUGGGAGCAAUAUCCGCCAGGGGAUGA